CGACCCCGUUAGUGUUGAAUCGAGAGCAGCAACAGCGAUGACUCUGUCCCACGACGAUCAGUUUACGGAGGAAGAUGACGUCGAGGAAGAGGUCGUCCUGACCGUCAAAGGCAGUCAUCGUCCGUCCAAGCUCAUGAUCCCCGAACCCAGCGACAAAGCUCCCAACUUGUACGCCGACAGUCCCCGUGCGAGUCGUUCACCGCCGAGUCUGUCCAAGACAGAAGCGAAGCGCCGCCAAGCGAUCGGAUGUGGUUCUCUUGUGGCUCUCAUGCUCUCUGUGAUCGUGUGCAUUGCCAUGAUUCGCGUCUUGUCGGGCAACGAGCACUUGAGCGCUCUUACUCCCAACCAAAAGAACUUCAUGCUCGCAACCAAGGCCGCCGGCGCGAAGGAGACUCUGACGUACUACACACGGGAAUCGCGAUUGGCAGGCAGCACGGGCGACCUCGCCAUGGCCGAGUACAUUGUCGAGAAGGCGCGGGACUUCGGAUUUCCCGAAGAUAACGUAAAGUUGAGCGACUACGAGCUCCUCCUGAACGAGCCUUUGUCCAUUCGAGUCGGAGUCGUCGGCGAAGACGGCAAGCCCGACAACGUCUUCGACCUCACAGCCACCGUCAAGGACAAGUCCAAGCCGGUACCGUAUCACUUUUACUCGAAGAAUGGCACCGCGCGAGGGCACCUCGUGUACGCACACUAUGGGCGCACCCAAGACUACAACGCGCUGCGAAAUGCCGGGGUCAACCUCACCGACGCCGUGCUGAUCGUGCGACUUGGUCGCAUCUCGCUGCCCGCCAAGAUCCAGCUGGCCAAAGAUAUUGGCGCUGUCGCCGUGUUGACAUACAGUGACCCAGCGGACAACGGCAGCCUUCGCGGCAAGCAGUGGCCCAAUGGUCCGUACCAGCCCAACGACCGCGCCGCGUUUGGCUCGGUGUACAUGGGCAACGGCGACCCGUCGACUCCCGACGACGUGUCUGUGCCGGGCAUCGAACGCCUGCCGCAGGACCUGAUCUUCUCGGACGACAACACGCGCAACUUCAUUCCGCACGUCGUGAGCGUGCCCAUCUCGGCCGACGUCGCGGCGGCGCUCCUCGUGACCAUCAAGGCCGGUCCGUCUGCGUCCCAGAUCUUUCCCAACUUUGUGAGCGGUGUCGACGCUGCAAACUUGUGCGGUGCCAGCACGUCCACGGUGUUUGUGGACAACGUGCACAAGUACGUGGUCAAGAAGACGUGGAACGUGGUGAUUUCACUCGAAGGCACGCGCGAAGCGGAUCGCAUUGUGCUGGUGGGCAGCCAGCGCGACUCGGCCAUUUCCGGCGCCACCGACCCCGGCAGUGGCAACGCCGUGUUCAUUGAGCUCCUGCGGGGGUUGGGGGCCCUCCUCGGUCAAGGGUGGGCGCCGCACCGCACGAUCUUCUUGGCGUCGAUCGAUGCCGAAGACUACGGCAACGUCGGGACGGCGGAGUGGAUCGAUAAGCACGCGUCCAACUUUGCCAGUCGCGCAGUUGUAUUUAUGAACAUCCGUGACCCGGUGCUCGGGCCCGGGUCGCUGACCGUCGAAGCCAGCUCGUCCCUGCGCACGAUGCUGUACCUGACGACGCUGGGCGUGGCCAAUCCGGACGCGUCCUCCACGCCCACGGCCGAGCCGACGUCGCCGUCGUCCGUCGCCGGGCACUCCAACAUGACGAUGGUGUGGGAGGACCUGUCCAACGCCGUGUCCGACUCGAUCUAUUAUUAUUGGCUCAAGCAAACCAAGGCGCAGUCGCCCAAGGCGGUCGUGCCGGCUGUGCUGACCCCCGGGUCGCGCCACAUCCUGUCGCCGUUCGUGGGCCGGCUGGGGGUCCCCGUCGUGGAGAUGGGCUUCGACGCCGGAUUCUCCACGGGAGUGGAGGACACAACGUACGACACGCUCGAGUGGAUGAAGAGCUUUGGCGACCCGUCGUUUACGUUUCAUCGGGCCGCGGCCCAGCUGUACGGCAGUGCGCUGCUGACGUUCACCGACGCCGUGUUCCUCCCAUACGACUUUGCCGAAUACGCCAAGGAUUUGCGCACGGGCAAAGACGAACUCGCGCGGGUGCUCAAGACGUUUGGCGCGAUUUCGUUGAAUUUGGACCGGUUGGAGCGGGCGAUCACGACGUUUGAAAAGGCGGCGCACCACGCCAACACGGAAAUGACGUUGAUGCAAGACGAGAUGCUGGACGUGCUGAACGGCCAGAUGGUCGUCGACGUCAAGCGCGCGAGGGACAUGAACAACCGCCUCAUGAUGACCGAGCGUGCGUUCCUGUUCCCCGAAGGGCUGCCUGGCAAGCCGUGGCUCAAACAUUCGGUGUACGGACAUUCCGUGUGGAACGACUACAACGUGACCUUGUUCCCGGGCGUGUUCAACGCACUGAGCGACAGCAGCGUCAUCGAUGCCAAGCACCAGUUGCAUCGGUUGUGCCGCGCGAUCGAAGACGCCACGGACGCGCUGGCGGCGGUUGCAUUGACGUAACCCCCAUAUUUCACACUAAAACGCGUAUUUCUAUAUAACGUAUUAUAUUUCUCGCAUCCCA